AUGGUGUCUACUUGCCACUUAUCAGUAUCCACAUUCGCGCCAAACACUGUCCUGGCCCUGGGUCUCAGCUCGUAUGCUGCGGCCAAAGGCUUCUCACCCACAAACGCCAACCAAUACUGCAUAUAUACCAUAUACGAGUCAUUUUCUUCACUGAAAUGGCAAGAUACCAUCAAUGCUACGAGCGCCAAAUCUGGAGAGGACUUGUGUGCUUACAAUGGCGCAUCGCUUAUGCGUCUGGACGCAAUCGAAGCAGAGGCCACUACAGAAUACAUUGAACAGCUGCCCUUCCUCAAUCCAAACACUGAGACACAAGCUAAAAUUGCCCGCACCGCCGAUGAUACCAUCUCCUUGAAUAUCGCCUGGGGAGUUCAUGGAUACUGGGCCUUUGUGGUGCUCGUAGGAAUGGUUUCUAAUUCCCUCACUUGGCUUUUCCAUGGACGCGUUACAGGACAACCACAGGAUACGGAGAAACCUCGAUCACACCUGCAAUUUCGGCACCGAUCAAAUCCGGUGUGUCGGAUAUUUGAUGCAGUCAAUACUUAUUUAAACCUGUCACCCAGCCUGGGAACAUAUCAUCAGCGUCUUUGGUAUGGCUGUAAGGUUCUUCUACCCCUUCAAGCUUUGGCCAUCUGGGCGACGGGGUGGGUAUUCCACACAUUCAACCUGUUUAAUCGCCAUCUGGCCAGAGUGACCGUUAUCUACGCCAUUUUUCACUCCAUCUCGUAUACCGUCAAAUACUUAGCUUAUUAUCUCCAGACAGAUUGGUUCUGUUUCGGCAUCGUGGCAACAGUGCUCAUUUCACUAAUGAUCCUGAUCUCAUGCGCCGCUCUACGCAAACGAUUCUACGAGCUCUUCCUGAUCGUGCACAUCAUAUUCGGCAUCGUAAUCGUCUACGCCCUCUUCACCUUCGACCGGCUCCUACGCCUCGUCCGCCUAGCCAUCUGCAACCUACGCAUCAAACACAGCGACGCAAUCCACCCCACAGACCGCAGCACAAUAACCUACUACCAUGAAAGCGAUCUGCUGCAAAUGGAGAUUCAACCAUCAAGUCUACCAAUUUUGCCAAAAGCAGGCCACUACUUCCACCUCUACCAGCCCGCGACGCUCCGAAGAUGGGAGAACCACCCCUUCACGAUGUCCUCCUUCCGGGGGGGCUGCACCCUCGCUCCCCAGCACCGCCUAAAAACCCAGUGCUUCAACGCCGGCGGCACCUUCCAUCCCACCCUCCUUCUCGAAGGCCCCUACGGCCGCCACGAGGAACUAGGCAGCAGUUUCUCGAACAUCGUCAUGAUAAUGUGUGGGACGGGGAUUAGCGUCGCGACGGCGUAUCUCAGGGAUCUAGUUCUUGGAGAUGAUGUCCCCGCGGUGCAGAUCGAGUUGCAUUGGACGGUGCGGGAGGUGGCAUUGGUUAGGGAGGUGUGUUAUGCGGAGCUGCGCGAGUUUUUGGAUCGUCCGGAUGUGAAGGUAAGGUUUUAUUGUUUGAGGGGUGGGGUUGGGAGUUUGGUUACUGGUGCUGCGGAGGGAGUGCACGGGGUGAAGGAUGGGAGGGCGCCGAUUGCGAGGAUCGUGGGCGGGGCUGCUGCGCGGGCAAGGGAGGAUUGUUGUCCUGUUGCGGUGUUGGUUUAUGGGCCUGCUGGGAUGGCGGAUGCGUGUCGGGCGGCGGUUUGUGAGGCGAGGCGCGGGGGUUAUAGGAUGGAGUAUCUUGAGGAGGCGUAUGGGUGGCAGAACUCAGGUUAUGGGGGUUUGAAGGGGGUAUGA